AUGAAGUGCUUGUUACUUUUAUUCGUCGUUAUAGCAGCAUGUGCUGCAGGCGUCCUUAAAGACCCGCUUCAGGGUUACAAGGAAGGUGACAGGUACUUCUAUUUCCCGGGAGAUGGCGACGACACUCUUCAUCUUGUCGAUGCGGAAGAACCAGUUGAUUUAGAAUUCAUUGAAGAAUAUACCAGAAAUCCAGCUAACAACGGAUAUUGGCUUUUCACCAGAUUCAAUCCCGGUUCGGCCCAAAUCUUGGUUCAUGGUAAUGUAGCCUCCGUGGUCAACUCAAAUAUCGAUUUUGCAAAGACUACAGUAUUCCUCGCUCAUGGUUGGAAUGGUGACGGUGGAAACACCAUGAACAGACUGCUCACGGAAGCGUUUCUGCAGGAUGAUGACGUCAACGUUAUUGUCCUCGACUGGAGUCGUUUAGCAAACAGGGGCUACACUACAGCAAAACGCGGAACUUCCGAAGUUGGUAGAGGACUCGGUCGCUUUGUGAACUGGCUCGCCGAAUUGGGAUUGUCUUACGAAAGAGUUCACUUAGUAGGAUUCAGUCUUGGCGGUCAUCUUGUAGGAAACGCCGGAAGGGAAACGGGUUCCAGAGUGAAGAGAAUCACAGCUUUGGAUGCCGCUGCUCCUCUUUGGGGUACAGACCGCAGCCGUCUAGCGCGUACUGAUGGUCUGUACGUAGAAGUGAUGCACACUGAAACUACUGUACUUGGAUGGGGCGACCCAUUGGGUGACGCUGACUUCUACCCUAACGGAGGCUCUAACAUGCCUGGCUGCUGGGCUAUUGGAAUUUCAUGUUCCCACAGCCGUUCCUACAAAUACAUGGCCAGCUCCGUGAAACACAAUCACCUUCUUGCCAACGAAUGUGACAGUCUAAGGGAUGCUAAUCGCGAUAGAUGCCGUGGUAGUCUACACCCCAUGGGCAAUAGCGAUCUCAACAAAUCUCGGACUGGAAUAUUUAGAGUCAACACAGGCAGCAACUAUCCAUACUAA